GGGCGCGCGGGCGGCGGCGCGGGGCUGCCCCCCUACCACCGGCGUGUGGGCAUGGUCCAGGAGCUGCUGCGGAUGGUGCGCCAGGGCCGGCGAGAGGAGGCGGGGACGCUGCUGCAGCACCUGCGCCAGGACCUGGGCAUGGAGUCGACCUCGCUGGAUGAUGUUCUGUAUCGCUACGCCAGCUUCCGGAACCUGGUGGAUCCCAUCACACACGACCUCAUCAUCAGCCUGGCGCGCUACAUCCACUGCCCCAAGCCGGAAGGCGACGCACUGGGCGCCAUGGAGAAGCUGUGCCGGCAGUUGACGUACCACCUAAGCCCCCACUCCCAGUGGAGGAGACACCGGGGGCUGGUGAAGAGGAAGCCACAGGCCUGCCUCAAGGCUCUCCUGGCCGGAAGCCCUCCAGACAACACUGUGGACCUGUCCGGCAUCCCACUGACCUCCCGUGACCUGGAGCGAGUGACCAGCUACCUGCAGCGCUGCGGGGAGCAGGUGGACAGCGUGGAGCUGGGCUUCACAGGCCUCACAGAUGACAUGGUCCUGCAGCUGCUGCCAGCACUCAGCACCCUGCCCCGCCUCACCACACUGGCACUCAACGGCAACCGGCUGACCCGGGCUGUGCUGCGUGACCUGACUGACACCCUUAAGGACCCCAGCAAGUUUCCCAAUGUCACGUGGAUUGACUUGGGCAACAACGUGGACAUCUUCUCAUUGCCUCAGCCCUUCCUACUCAGCCUGCGCAAGCGCUCCCCAAAGCAGGGCCACCUACCCACCAUCCUGGAGCUGGGCGAGGGCCCGGGCAGUGGGGAGGAGGCCCGGGAAGGGACAGUGGACCAGGAGGAUCCCGGAGGGGGCCCAGUGGCACCUGACAGAGACCACCAUGAUGGCAAGGAGACUAUAGCUGCAGCUCAGACGUGACGUGGAAGUGAAAGGCCUCACCAGGAGUCCUUGUGAGGUAGGAUAGCCAAGAGAGGUUAGGGGCUCCUAUUAGGAGGCUCAGGCUAUCGUCAGAAAUUGGUCUGGACAACCCACCCACAGAAAGGGGAGACUGUAGCAUCUGGGAAAGGAGGAUUUAGAAUACUAAUCUUUGGUUUUCUCCAUCUACCCCCUAUGAAUUCCAUUAUCUGCCUUUUGGCUAAGAAGUCAUCCCUUGCUCUAGACACUCCUUAGCUUAGCCCUUGGCCUUCCCCAGAGACUUGUGGGAACAGGCAUAUGGUUUGGAGGUGCUAGAAGCUUGAGCCAAUGUGAAUGCCAUGAGCUUUCUCUCAGUAUAUAUAGCUGGGUCCCUAUACCUAACCCAGGAUUUUCCAGUUCUGCAUUACACUUCUAUUUGGGAGAGCAAACCCCCAAGUCAGGUGUUAAUAUAUCCUCAAUCAAGGGAGGUUGAAAUCGAUAAAGAAACUCCCUAAGAGCCUGGAGUAAGAGGGCUGGUUGCCAGACACCCCAGAGGAGUUUGUUUCCAUCUUUGCUAAGGGGGGACUGAAGGAGAGGUCUCACUCCUUAUGGAGUCUCUGACUCCUUGGACCUGUCUUUCCAGUCCCAGCCUCCGUUUUGAGGCCCACCCUGUGAUUCUAGACACCUGACCAUAGGACAAGCUAUCACCCUACAGUACUUAGAACAGCCUGUGGUGGUGCCACAUGACAACACCUAGGGUAGACCAGGUAUCCAUGCAGGAAUGCAUUUUUCAACCAACCCAGACAUCCCAUAUUCUGACACUGCUGAGCUAAGGCUCCAGUGUCCUUAGCAUGCACACCCAAGUGAUGAGCAUCACUUCCUUUCCCUGUCACUUGCCAAGGUAACUACACUGACCUGGACAAGCUAUAAGGACCCUUUUACCAUAAAAAUUCCAACCCAUGCUCUGAACACAUUCCUUAGAGGCGACUACAGAAGACUUUUAAAAGCCCACUACCAUGUUAUUGGCAGAUUCAUACAAAAUUGCUGGGAAAGCUCCCAAGAGGUUUCACCCUAUACCUCCCCCCCAUGCCCAGUUAGAGAAUCCCUUCUAGAUACAACAGGCAACCCCUAGACAGUUAUAGCUUAGUUCAAGAAAACUGGCAAUCAUUCUUGAACCUGAGAAAAUCUUGUGGAUAAGCAGAAUGGGGAAGUAUAGCUUGGCAUGGCCUGGUAGGCAAGAGGCCAACACAGGAAAGCAGCAGGAUGGAACCUGACUACAGGGCUUUAUAUGCUGUUAAGGGUUUGGCUAGGAAUGAUCCAGUGCUUUAGAAAGAAGCUUGAGGGACCCAGGCUCGGUGGCUCAGCCUGUAAUCCCACGCUUUGGGAGGCUGUGAAUGGAUUGCCUGAGCCCACGGGUUCAAGACCUGCCUGGGCAACUUGGCAAGACCUCAUCUCUACAAUAAAUUUUUUUAAAAAAAGCUUGAGGGAAGCUAUGCAGAGGGACAAAGCCCAGAGGCAGUGGGGAUAUGGAAUGUGUGUAGAUGCCUUAAAUGCUUUGGAAUUUUUGCCCUCAAAGUCUAAAAUUUUUAGGAGGGAAGAAAAAGCUUAGAUUGACCAAAGGGAAGUUUAUAAACUUGAGUGCUAAUAUCUGGACUGCUAAAACUUGACAGCAGUAGUCAAAUUUGCUAAAUACAGUUUUUAAGAACCAA